GGUUGGUUGAAAACUUACGGCUAUUUGCUUCCAUCUGACAGCCAAAUGCCUGCCUUGCAGUCGAGCAAAGCCAUGCAGUCUGCAGUGGCCACUAUGCAGCAGUUUUACGGGAUCCCAGUAACAGGAGUUUUGGAUCCAACGACUGUUGAGUGGAUGAAGAAGCCUCGAUGCGGAGUCCCAGAUCAUCCCCACUUAGGCCGUAACCGGAGGAAUAAACGAUAUGCACUAACUGGACAAAAAUGGAGGCAGAAGCAUAUAACCUACAGUGUACACAACUAUACCCCCAAGGUUGGAGAGACGGAUACAAGGAGAGCUAUUCGUCAGGCAUUUGAUGUUUGGCAGAGAGUAACACCACUCACCUUUGAAGAGGUCCCUUACCAUGAAAUUAAAAAUGACAGGAAGGAGGCAGAUAUUAUGAUAUUUUUUGCUUCUGGUUUCCAUGGAGACAGUUCUCCGUUUGAUGGAGAGGGUGGAUUCCUAGCUCACGCUUACUUUCCUGGACCAGGAAUAGGAGGAGAUACUCACUUUGAUUCAGAUGAGCCAUGGACCCUGGGAAAUUCUAAUCACGAUGGUAACGAUCUCUUUCUGGUUGCAGUCCAUGAGCUGGGACACGCGUUGGGUCUGGAACACUCCAAUGAUCCCAGUGCUAUCAUGGCUCCUUUCUACCAGUACAUGGAAACACACAACUUCAAACUGCCCCAAGAUGACCUCCAAGGAAUUCAGAAAAUCUAUGGUCCACCUGUUGAGCCAUUGGAACCAACUAGGCCUUUACCAACUCUUCCUGUUCGCAGAAUUCAUUCUACUUCAGAAAGAAAACAUGACAGACAACCGAGACCUCCUAGUCCUCCUCUGGGUGAUAGGCCAUCUCCUCCAGGCACAAAACCGAAUAUCUGUGAUGGCAACUUCAACACUGUGGCUCUCUUUAGAGGAGAAAUGUUUGUUUUCAAGGAUCGCUGGUUCUGGCGUCUGCGCAACAACCGAGUGCAGGAGGGCUAUCCCAUGCAAAUUGAGCAAUUCUGGAAAGGCCUCCCUGCAAAGAUUGAUGCAGCCUAUGAGAGGUCUGAUGGAAAAUUUGUCUUCUUCAAAGGAGAUAAAUAUUGGGUUUUUAAAGAAGUGACAGCAGAACCAGGAUACCCACACAGGCUUGUGGAGCUGGAUAGCUGUCUUCCCCGGGAAGGCAUUGACACAGCUUUGCGUUGGGAGCCUGUAGGUAAAACUUACUUCUUCAAAGGAGACAAGUACUGGAGAUACAAUGAAGACAAGCGAGCAACAGACCCAGGAUACCCAAAGCCCAUCACUGUGUGGAGAGGAAUCCCUCAGGCUCCACAAGGAGCUUUUAUCAGCAAAGAAGGCUUUUAUACUUACUUUUACAAAGGGAAGGACUAUUGGAAGUUUGAUAACCAGCGGCUGAGUGUGGAGCCAGGCUACCCCAGGUCAAUCCUCAAAGACUGGAUGGGCUGUAACCAGAAGGAUGUUGAACGGAGCACAGACAGACACCUCCCCCACGAUGAUGUGGAUAUUAUGGUGACAAUAAAUGAUGUGCCUAGCACUGUAAAUGCAAUUGCAGUUGUCAUCCCUUGCAUUUUGUCUCUGUGUAUCCUUGUCCUGGUGUACACAAUCUUCCAGUUUAAGAACAAAGAGGUGCAGCAAAACGUUGUAUAUUACAAAAGACCUGUCCAGGAAUGGGUAUGACACAGCCAGCUGCACAUUUCCAUUCAUUGCUCGAAUGAGGACUACAG